GGAAGAAACCAGCCAUGACCUCGAAACUCCAGUCUUGUCUGAGAUAAUUCUGACAGUUGAGGAAGUUCAAGCAGUUCUUGAAACAUUGGAUGUUACAAAAGCCACAGGACCUGACAACGUCCCAGCCCGUCUGCUUAAAGAAACUGCUCCUGUUAUUUCAACGUCUUUGUGCACGCUUUUUAAUAAGUCCCUAAGUCAAGGUGCUCUCCCGGAAGAUUGGAAAAUCGCCAACAUAAUUCCUGUGUACAAGAAAGGUGAAAAAGAAUAUGCUGAAAACUACCGGCCAAUCUCACUCCUUUCAAUUGUGUCGAAAGUUCUGGAACGCUGCGUCUUUUAUAACAUCAGGGAGCAGCUGUACCAGGUAAUUAAGACCUCGCAGCACGGAUUCACCAGAGGAAAAUCAUGCGUGACCAAUCUUCUCGAAGUUCUCAACUAUAUUGGCUCGAUUUUGGAUGUUGGAGGUCAAGUCGAUGCUGUGUAUCUUGACAUGUCUAAGGCGUUUGAUAAG